AACUGAAGGCAUUUUACAGAAAGUCGAAGCAUUAACAGAAGAGAAAAUCCACACCUGAUACACUUGCAAACGCAAAUCGAAAUUCUCAAGAAUGUCAUCGGGUAAAAGUCACGUGGGUGGUAAGGACGACCCUGUGAUGCAAUAUCUCCUGAAUCAUUCUCUGAGGGAGCACCCUGCCCUUAAAAAACUGCGCCUGAAAACGAUGGAUCAUAAAUGGAAUUUCAUCAUGGUGGCGUGUGAGCAGUCGCAGUUGAUGGCAAAUCUGGCUCAAUUAAUCAAGGCCAAGAAGGCUAUCGAAAUUGGUGUAUAUACAGGCUAUAACGCAUUGAGUAUUGCUCUCGCGCUGCCGGAAGAUGGAAAGGUGAUUGGAUGUGACGUAAAUUCGGAAUUCACCAACAUUGGUAGACCCUUCUGGAAAGAGGCGAGCGUUGAACAUAAAAUCGACCUGCGUCUGCAGCCGGCACUGAAAACCCUCGAUGAGCUGUUGGCUGCAGGUGAAGCCGAGACUUUUGAUUUUGUCUUCAUUGAUGCUGAUAAACAGAACUACGACAACUACUAUGAGAAAUCUCUGCAGCUGGUCAGGAAAGGAGGAAUAAUCGCCAUAGAUAAUGUCCUGUGGGGCGGGCGAGUAGUGAAUCCAGCAGAGGGUGAUGUGGACUCCGUCAGCAUCGAUAACAUGAACAAGAAACUUCACAAAGACGUCAGAGUGAAUCUGAGCAUGCUCACUGUGGGCGACGGACUAACGCUAGUGUUCAAACUCUGAGCUCGUAGGAGACACUAUGUGCCGAAGGAACUUCCAAAAAAAUCCCAAAUAGUUACAAAACCUAGUGAGCUGCCUUCCUGACGUGAAGUCCUAAUUUCCAGAAUGCAUUGCGACAAGAAAAUAAAUCGAGCAAUUUGGGAUUUGAUUGAUUUUGAUCACCACUUAUCACUCAAUUUUCAAAUUUUUAUUCUCAGGAAAAUCAGAAUAGGGGUGUCACUAAAAUUGCAUUUUGUUUUUUAUUUAGUACCACACUGAAAAAGCUAUUUGACAGUCAUUUGGGCAGUCACGAUUAUGAAAUUUGGCUGACGAUUAAUCGUCAGUGGGAUAAUUUCAAUUAUGACGAUUAAUUGUCGCUGAAAUAAUUGCGAUUAUGCCGCUUGAUUGCCGAAUGAAUACUUUCGGUUAUGCCGAUUAAUAAUCAAAGACAUUAUUGCGUUUGUGCCGAUUGAUAUUCAAAGAAAUAAUUGCACUUGUGCCGAUUAGUCGUCAGUGGGAUAAUUUCGAUUAUGACAAUUAAUGGUCAAUUAAAUAACUGCACUUAUGCCGAUUAUCACAGAAAUAAUUGCGCUUAUGAUGCUUGAUUGUCGAAUAAAUUUUUGCGAUUAUGCAGAUUAAUAGUCAAUUAAAUAAUUGCACUUGUGCCGAUUAAUCAUUGGUGGGAUAAUUGCGAUUAUGUCGCUUUAUUGUCAAUUAAAUGCUUGCGCUUAUGCCGAUUAAUAGUCGCAGGGAUAAUUGCGCUUAUGCCGAUUAAUAGCCGCAGGGAUAAUUGCGCUUAUGCCGAAUUAGUAGCCGCAGGGAUAAUUGCGCUUAUGCCGAAUUAGUAGCCGCAGGGAUAAUUGCGCUUAUGCCGAAUUAGUAGCCGCAGGGAUAAUUGCGCUUAUGCCGAUUAAUAGCCGCAGGGAUAAUUUAAUUUAAUUAAUUUAAUUUAAUUUUAAUUUAAUUUGACCAAUUGUCACACAUUAUACAUACAUUUCUGCAUAUACAUGGUGAAAUUAUUUAUUUUUCACAUAUCCCAGCUAAGCUGGGGUCAGAGUGCAGGGUCAGCCAUGAUACGGCUCCUGGAGCAGAUAGGUUCAAGGGCCUUGCUCAAGGGCCCAACAGUGGUGUCUUGGUGGUGUUGGGGCUUGAACCCACGACCUUCUGAUCAGUAACCCAGAGCCUUAACCGCUGAGCCACCACUGUCGAUUAAUAGCCGCAGGGAUAAUUGCGCUUAUGCCGAUUAAUAGUCGCAGGGAUAAUUGCGCUUAUGCCGAUUAAUAGCCGCAGGGAUAAUUGCGCUUAUGCCGAAUUAGUAGUCGCAGGGAUAAUUGCGCUUAUGUCGAUUAAUAGCCGCAGGGAUAAUUGCGCUUAUGCCGAAUUAGUAGCCGCAGGGAUAAUUGCGCUUAUGCCGAUUAAUAGCCGCAGGGAUAAUUGCGCUUAUGCCGAUUAAUAGUCGCAGGGAUAAUUGUGUUUAUGCUGAUUAAUAGCCGCAGGGAUAAUUGCGUUUAUGCUGAUUAAUAGCCGCAGGGAUAAUUGCGUUUAUGCUGAUUAAUAGUCGCAGGGAUAAUUGCGUUUAUGCUGAUUAAUAGUCGCAGGGAUAAUUGCGCUUAUGUCGAUUAAUAGCCGCAGGGAUAAUUGCGCUUAUGCCGAUUAAUAGUCGCAGGGAUAAUUGCGCUUAUGCCGAAUUAGUAGUCGCAGGGAUAAUUGCGCUUAUGUCGAUUAAUAGCCGCAGGGAUAAUUGCGCUUAUGCCGAAUUAGUAGCCGCAGGGAUAAUUGCGCUUAUGCCGAUUAAUAGCCGCAGGGAUAAUUGCGCUUAUGCCGAUUAAUAGUCGCAGGGAUAAUUGCGUUUAUGCUGAUUAAUAGCCGCAGGGAUAAUUGCGUUUAUGCUGAUUAAUAGCCGCAGGGAUAAUUGCGUUUAUGCUGAUUAAUAGUCGCAGGGAUAAUUGCGUUUAUGCUGAUUAAUAGCCGCAGGGAUAAUUGCGUUUAUGCUGAUUAAUAGUCGCAGGGAUAAUUGCGCUUAUGCUGAUUAAUAGUCGCAGGGAUAAUUGCGAUUAUGCCGAUUAAUUGUCUCGUAAUGGCUCGAUUAAUUGUCAUAUUUUAAAGGUGUGCUUGUUUUCUGCAUGUGUGCUUCAUAAUAGGGAUAAACUAUGAUUUCCUUUAACGGCUUUAAAUAUGUGUGAGUGACGUUGAAUAAAUAUUUCUAAAUACUUAAAAUAUGUCUCUGUUUUUGGUCAACUUUAGUUUUGGUCAAUUUCACCUUGGCACUCGUAUACUUCCCAAUUUUUUGAAUAAAAAUUUUAAAUGUAAUUGUUACAUACAUUUGAUUAUAUUUAUAUAUUUGACAUUUUUUAAAUAUUAUGCAAUAGCAAAAUAUUUCUUUCCUAAUUUCUUCACUUUCGCACAUUAUUUUAAUGCUCUAAACCCAUGACUCACAAAACCUUUGAGAUUUCAUUCAUCAUUUCAUCACCAGAGAAAUGAAGCGUUCUCUGUCACUGUGGGUCAUUAACACCGCGUGUAUGAACCAGGAACAUCUGCCCUUACGUGAUCGUUUAAAGUGCAUUCACUAUCAAAAUUUAUACUUGUUUGUUUAUAUUUACGCAAGAGUUUGGCACAAGCUUCUACUGUCAGCGUGCACAUCAGACCAAUUCAUGCACUCUUCGGGACAGGAGCUUGUUGACCUCCGUGGUGCGUCUCAGUGACACUCGGACUCGUUCAACUGAGUGACACACAAAUGCGCCGUUCAUGGCAUUCAUUCAGCAUAAUGACUUAUUUGGGAAUUCAAAUGUGAUUGGAAUUUGAAUGCACAAUAAUCACGGUUGUCUCAAAGGAGGGCAAAGCCAGGAAAUAACUUUUGGGUGGACCUCAAUAAAAAUGGAUGGGCCAAAUUGUUUUUUUUAACCAACAUUUUCUUUAACAACAAAAAAGGCGACACAACUCUUUCAAGCGUUCAGAAAUCAGAAUUUAUGCAUUUUUAAAAAUAUUUUAUAAAUAUGUAUUUGAAGUCAUCCGUAAUUUCCCAAAUUAGCCCCUGGCCCACCCUUAUCUCAAAUAACUGCGAUCAGAUUUAAUAGUCGCUACAGGCCUAUCCAGAUGCAAAUCUGAAAAACACAGAAUUGCGAUUGUGCCGCUUAACUGCUGAUUUAAUACUUUCGAUUAUGACGCUUAAUAUUCAAAGACAUCAUUGCGAUUAUGGCGAUUAAUUGUCAAUUAAAUAAUUGCGCUUAAUGACGCUUAGUUGUCGAAUGAAUAGUUUCGAUUAUGACGCUUAAUUGUCAAAUGAAUAGUUUCGAUUAUGACGCUUAAUUGUCAAAUGAAUAGUUUCGAUUAUGACGCUUAAUUGUCAAAUGAAUAGUUUCGAUUAUGACGCUUAAUUGUCGAAUGAAUACUUUCAAUUAUGACGCUUAAUUGUCAAAUGAAUAGUUUCGAUU